CAGCCACCAUGUGUCAUGUCGCUGCGUCUGCUGAGGAGUUCUCUGAAUGACAGAAGGGACGUAAAUAAUAUGUGUUUACGGUGGCGAAAUCCCAUCAUGUCGGAUAUCAGCACUCACCUCUUUAACCAACACCAGUGACGUCCUUAUUGAUGGGAUAUUGAAGACGUUUGGGAGAAGAAACUGCUUUUGCGAUGCAGCGGUUUGUGUGCUCUGGAGUCUUCAGGCAGACGUCUGUCCUGCUGCAUACCAGCGCUGUGUCCCGUAGCCAUAUCACACGGAUGCAGGAUUCCCCGUCCCAUCGCAGCCUGAAACAGCUGAUCUCCAGCCAGCGAUGGCUCAGCUCCACCACCGCCCUACGUUCUCCGACCUCACAGAAAACCUCUGCUCCAGGACAGGAGGAGCCAGACCCUCUCCAAGACAAAUCCAGUGGCCUCAUUCAGAGAUUCAAGAAAACUUUUAAGCAGUACGGCAAAGUCAUGAUCCCUGUGCACCUGCUGACCUCUACUAUGUGGUUCGGCACCUUCUACUAUGCUGCAAUGAAAGGAGUGAAUUUGGUGCCAUUUCUGGAAUAUGUUGGGUUUCCUGACAAGGUAGUAAAGCUCCUGGAGAACUCUCAGAGCGGCUAUGCACUGACAGCAUAUGCUAUGUACAAGAUCGCAACACCAGCGAGGUACACGGUGACUCUAGGAGGAACAUCCCUGUCUGUGAAGUACCUGAGGAAACAUGGCUACAUGUCCACACCUCCACCUGUCAAAGAAUACCUGCAGGAGAAGAUGGAGGAGACCAAAGAGAGGAUCUCUGGCAAGAUGGAGGAAACCAAGGAUCGUUUCUCUGAAAGAAUGGAGGAAACAAAAGACAAGUUGAAUGAAAAACUUCAAGAAACCAAAGACAAAGUGUCUUUCAGAAAGAAAAGAGAAUAGAUUUGGACACUUGCGUAAGGGCUUAAAGUGACUUUGUCUCCCAUAAUGUCUUCACAUCGUUACACAAUAUAAUACAAUUUAUGAUGCAUUUUGUCUUAAACGUACAUUAAAUAUAUUGUAGGCUGCAAGCUCUACACUUGUUGUUUGUGUAAUAUGCUAGCUAUCACAAGAUGGUGAGACUCCUAAAGUUACCAUAGUUGCUGAAUAUAUAAAUAAUAUCACAGCACACAAAGUUUUCUGAAAAAUGUUGGACUGGACUUGACUGAAGUACGUUUUUAAGUCAUGCGAGUGUUUUCUAAAGAGAUUUGCCCGAAUAUUAUACAUGUGUUACCUUGUUCAUUAAAAUAUUAUAAGAUUAGUCGUGCCCAAAAUGAAAAUUCAUGUCACUCUGAAGUCAUCCGAAAUGUUCACCCAGAAGAUCAUAAGGAUAUUUUUACUGCUGUCUGUGCCUGCGUUGAUUGUACGUUUACCCAAAAUUCAGAUUCUUU